UUCAUUUAUUCCAUGAUAAAGUCGGAGUUGGUACCAUUUGCUUUUCUGGUCGCUUUCUGUGUCCUAAUAAAAGAAACCACAAAUGCUUCUUUCAUUUCACUUCACGCCCAUAACAAUUCUUAUGAAUAAGUAUGUAGUGUUUAUGAUCCAUGCUCCUUUUGCUUGACACAAUGUUCUAUCUCUUGAGUAGUAGUAUAUCUCUCUGUUCUAAAAACACAAUUCUGGCAAAACUUGCACGGAGAAUUUUGAUAUAUAUAUCUUUUCCAUCAUCUUUCCCCAGACCAUCAUAUCCAAAAAAAGGUAAAUUCCAGGCCAGCGCUCUUCUGACCAGCAGAAACCACAAAACGUGUGGGGGAGGAGGGGGGGUAAGGGGAGCGCAAUAUAAAAAAAAGGGUAACCAUGGGGAUCUCAUUGAAAAUAAAUAAACCGGCAUAACGUAACAGCAUCCCGAAAAAAAGACCUUCGUUCCACUGAAAAGGAAACGGCAAAACCCGAGGCAUAAGACAAAA